AUGCCUCCUUCCGCUGAAGCUCGCCCCUCUGGUCCUCCCGCAGUAGACAGUAAACACACCGAAGUGGAAGAGCUGUCUGAGGUUGGCGGGUGUGUCAGUGACCAGGACGCAGCUUCGUUAGUUGGGACCAGCUUGAAAUCUCCCACCCCGGCCGGAGAUGCUCAGAAUACUACAGCACCCUUACUGGAAGCUAUGGCUGAGUCUAAGAAAUCACAAAUUCCUCCUGCCGGAGCCGUUAUAGAAUUGAAUUCCCGAAACGAUGCUUCCAAAGAAUCUUCCGAACAACCUAGCGAAGUCACCAGUCCCCCUACACAACCAAUGGACGAUCUAUCCCUCUCGUCGAAACGAGCUGCCAGCAGUAUACCCAGCCUCACCGUCUACACUAAUGCCGAUCCCACUUCUUCUCCCCCUCCUCCACCACUGAAAGACAACACUUACAUAGAUCCCACGCCAAAGACUCCCCAAGGCCCACUGUCCCCAAUCAGGACACCCACCUUCGCCCACAAGGACCUACCAGAUGUUCCUCGAGAUGUCCAAACUAUUGAUAAGGGUGAGGAUCGAGCCGGUGUGGCAGGCGAAGGGAGGAAGAGUGAAGACUCGCAGUCCGAGAUUCAGAGCAUAAUGGAACAAUUUGCCGAUGAGACGACUAGUCUAGGCAAGGAGGAAAUAAUGUCACCCAGGCUGGAACUUGCGGCACGUCCACCCUUUCCCCCACGGAAAUCUAGCCUGGAACCCCUCGUACCAGCAGACAGCACAGACGAUCCGCAGCCCGGUGCUCGGCAACAUCGCUCGUCCAUUCUAUCUAACUCUUCCCGACGGUCGCUCUCACCACCCGCUGUCCCUCCGAAAUCUCCCCCCAAGACACCCCAUAAAGCCUCUGGUGCUGAACCCAUAGACGCCACGGCCAUGCAUGUGACCGGGCCACCGCCCCCAGAGCCAGAACCCGAUCAACCGUUUGACUUCCACCGGUUUCUCGAGCAAUUACGGCAUCGAACUGCUGAUCCAGUCGCCAAAUUUCUUCGUUCUUUCUUGACCGAGUUUGGCAAACGACAAUGGAUGGUUCACGAGCAAGUGAAGAUUAUCAGUGAUUUUUUGGCUUUCAUAACGAAUAAGAUGGCUAUUUGUGAUGUAUGGAAAGAAGUUUCUGAUAUCGAAUUCGAUAAUGCGAAAGAAGGCAUGGAAAAGCUCGUAAUGAAUCGGCUAUACUCGCAGACUUUCUCUCCAGCAAUACCGCCCCCUCCCCCGCUCGGUCGUAUUCGAAGUCGGAGCCGGAGAAAAGAAUUGGAAAAGCAGCAGGGCCCCGGAAGGCGGGGACAACAUCAAGAGGAUGUUGAGCGGGAUGAAAUACUAGCUCAAAAGAUCCGGAUAUAUAGUUGGGUGCGAGAAGAACAUUUGGAUAUCCCUUCAAUUCGGCCAAACGGCCAUAGAUUUUUAGUUCUGGCACAACAAGAGUUGCUGAAAAUCAAAGGUUACCGGGCGCCAAGAGACAAGGUCGUGUGUAUUUUGAAUUGUUGUAAGGUCAUUUUCGGUCUUUUGAAGAAUUCUAAGGAUAACGAUACUUCUGCGGAUUCUUUCAUGCCCCUUCUAAUUUAUGUGGUUCUCAAAGCCAACCCCGAGCAUCUGGUGUCGAACCUUCAGUACAUACUUCGAUUUCGCAAUCAAGAAAAGCUCGGGGGAGAAGCUGGUUACUAUCUAUCUUCAUUGUCUGGAGCUAUACAAUUUAUCGAAACACUUGACCGGACCUCUUUAACAGUCAGCCAAGAAGAGUUUGACCGGAAUGUUGAAGAAGCUGUCUCUGCAAUCGCCGAGAAGAACAAAGAAACUGAGAGCCUGCUUGACUCUGUAACCGAAAAAUCAUCAGGCUCGCGAGAUAUGACACCUCGAAACUCCGAAGAGCAAGGGUCAAGAUCCACCGACUCACACUACGCCUCCAACUCGGAGGAUAACCCUGCAAUGGCUGGUCUAUUGAGGACAAUCCAGAAGCCGUUGACGACGAUAGGCCGGAUAUUCUCGGACGAACCCGACCCGCAACGACGAACGGGCACUACGCCCCCGCAGCAGAACGUAGCUCUCUCUGCGACGCCAUAUCAGCAGCACCCAACUUGCACCAGUGAGAGAAGGAGUGGCGAACGGCAGCGAAGCCAACCAGAAACUGCCACGCCCCUGCCGCCGCCGAGUAGAUUCGAAGCCCAAGAGGCAGCGGCGCGUCAAGCGAGUGCGGAAGCCGCCGAAGCGCAUCGGAUCCAGCGCGCCGAGCACAGUGUGGUUGUAGAGACGCUGUCUGGCAUGUUUCCCAACCUCGACAAGGACAUCAUCAACGAUGUCGUACGCAUGAAGGAAGGAAGUUUCUUCGCCGCUGCUGUUGCCGCUGCCAUCAACCUCCCCUCGCAGCCAGCCACUCCAUCUCCCGACGGCCACGAUGGCGACGACGAAGAAAUCGCAGGCCAGCCUGGCCAGCAGCGAGACGCGUGGCGAGAGCUCCGUGCCGCCCGAGGCCGCGACGCCCAAGAAGCGCGACCAGGGCCGGCCGCUGUCGCUGUCGCCGCCGGCGCUGAUUAUCUGCCGCAACAAGUACGUGGCGGGCUCCCUGGGCGACUGAUGAGUGAUGAGAUGAGUGAUGGGCUCCUACUGACGGGCGGCGCGCCUCGCAGGCACUGGCGGUACAUCUCGUCCUUCCACGGGCCGUGGCUUCAGCUGCCGCCGGACAUCCUCGAGACGCUGUCGUUCAGCAACUACGCCUCGCCGCGCCCGCACCCCAUCGACCCGGGCGUCUUCUUCGACCUCGUCAAGAUCCGCCGCGCCAUCGAGGAGGCCACCGACCUGGCCGUGCGCGCCUCCAACGGUACCACCUCGUCCGCCCUGGGCAACUCGCUGCACGCCGCCAACGGGCUCUUCGGCAGUGGCAGCAACACCGUGCUGGGCCUGGGCAUCGGCGGCGGCACCGCCAGCGGCCAUGCGAAGCUGAGCCGCGAGCGCCGCCACCGCAUGCGCGAGCACGCCUCGCAGAAGCUGGCUAAGGCCUACCGGCUCGACGAGAUCGCGGCCAGCGUUGCCACUAUGCAGUCGGCGUCCGCGCUGGAGGAGGUUGCCAAGCUGGUGCUGCAGCGCAACGAGGCCGACUGCGAUGCCAAGUACGUGCAUUUCUUCCAUGAGAAGAUCCCGUCGCGCUCGCUGGCCGCCUGCACUACCCUGGGCCCGCUGGACGAGAUCAUCGCCGCCCGCCCGCGCGAAGGCUCGACCUUUCGCACCCGCGCCGUUACCAGGCUGUUCAAGGAGGACUUCGCUGGCGCGGCAAAGGACCUUACGGAAGGGUUGAGUGUGUAUCGGCUCUAUAUGGCGGCGCAUCGGGACGGUAAGGAGGGCGCGGAAUCGCCAAAGGAGACCAAGCCGACUUUGGAUAUUCGAGAUGAGCUGAGAAUCAGUGAGAAAGACCAGCCUACGGGACUGGAGGCCCAGAUCCUGUUCCAUCGAGCGGGCGUCUACUUGAGUAUUGCGUCUCAACACGUCAAGUCCGCCCUGGACGACUUUCAGCUGUCCCAGAGCGAACGUGUCCCAGGCCCUGAGGCAGAACAGGAAGGCGAGAGCGCGCCAUCACUGUCUGCAGCCGGAAAAGCAGCAUACAACCGGUGGCUGGAGGCGCGGAAAAUCGUCAAGACCAAUGCGCGGCGGGCGCUUCGUGACUACAUGACUUUCCUAUCUCGCUUUGACUACACUCCAGGCCUUUCUUCUGAGGUUGCGGAGGCGUUUCUACGAAAGGUGAAUUACACUUCGUCAGGCAAUUUUGGCAAGCCGCGCCGCCCACGGAACCAGUCAGGGGGGAAUGCGCUGGAACCCGGUAAUGAAGACCAUGGCAGCGCUGCCUCUCAGCCAACGACAAUUGUCUACAAAGUCUCCGAGCUGUUCGCUUCCCAGCCUCCUCAAGAUCUCCCUCCCUUCCCUGCCGAAUCCCAAGAAAUAGUGCCUGCAUCUCAGUCUAACCAUGCUAAUGAGGAACGAUCUUCCCAUGAAGCCGUUACCUAUCACCCUCUUCUGACCGACGCCCUCCAUUCCGUUCUUCUCUGCCACGCUCUCGUCCAGACAUCCUCCAAAGAACUCCUUCGCCAUGCGUACAUGGUGGCCCGGAUCGCACGCGUCAGCGACGGAUACCCCAUAUUCCUCGGCCCACGCUCCCCUUCGCGCGCCGACUGGAUGGAGGUCAUCUCUCAUGCUAAGGAUUGGAUCGACCUGCCACAAUCAUGGGAAUCGCUCUGCGCGCCGACCCCACUGUCCCAGAGCGGCGAUAGCUUGGACCUAUCGAUGGAGGAAGAGCGCGAGACGCGAAAGCAGGAGGCCAUCUUGGAGGCAUUGGGCGAUGAUCGAGUUUUUGACGAGGCGACCUUCCGUGCUGCCGUCCAAGCGCGAGAAAAGAAGGCCGAGGAACAGCAGCAAAAGCGGCCGCGGAAGCUGAGCGGCCAACAAAGUGCUUCUUCGAUGAUCAAACGCUGGGCGCAAGAUGACGGAAGAGAGUAUCCGAUUUGCACCGAGAGGGCGGAAGGGAUUGUUCGGUGGGUUCAGGAGGCACCACUGUCCACCGGCGAGGGUCGGGCGAAAGGGAAAAAGGGGCGCAAGAAGAAGGCUUCGAAGACAGAAAGCGGGCCUGUGGGUGAUGCUGAGGCUAGGGAGGAUCAUGCCGAACAGCCGAUAACGCCGAUAGAGGAGGGUUCUCAUGAUGGCGAUUGA